AUGUCGCCCGAUGAUAAGGCCUUGUGGGUCGCCUUGCGACAGGAAAUCGGGAAAGACAGACGGAAAUGGAUCUCUGCGCGCGUCAGGGGUUUCGUCACGUCGGACAAUCUUGCAGAGCUAGAGGCGCUUUGGACCAUGUUGAAACUGCAGGAGAACGCCACGCAUGGUCGUAUGAGAGUCGUAUGGUGGUACCAUCGCCUCCUACUAUUAUGGAAGAACGACCCUCGUAGAGCGGCGGGGGCUUUCCUCCACAGCGAGUUGGCCACCGAAGGAGGACUUUCUGGCCCUGAAUUUCUGCGUGUUGCGACUCACCUGCUCUCUUGGGCACGCUAUGCGGACAACGAGGAUAUUGUACGCGACGUGUGGGGAAAAUUAGUCGAGCGUGGGCUUCAGGUCGUACCCUACGAGGCGGCUGAACGGGCGAAGCGCGUCAAAACAGCAUUGCAGCUCGAGAUCACACAGAGGCCGCACACGAAAGAGACAGCAGCGAAUCUCAUAAGCUUGAGGCACGAGGCACACUUGAUGAAUUUCAAAUUCCUGGACACGCAAAUACAAGCAAGGACAAAUCCGAACAAAACCCCCGAGCCGUCUGGUAACAUUGGCAGAGUGGAGUCGAUAAGUUCUGAGGCCUCGGCGCUGCCCAAGAAUGGACUAAGACUCCCUCCCGCGUAUACCAAGACCGGCAAGGAAGGAGGGGACACGAGGUUACGGGCACAAUUAGCGCAGGCUGCGGAAGGAGAUGCGCCGCCUCCGUACACGCCCACCAGUAUGACUACACCGUCGACUUCGACUGCAACACACUCAAGACACUCCUCAGACACCUCUGAUUCCGCAGAGGGAGAAUCGACAGCGGACACGAUACAUCACCUCUCGCCCAAUGACACACUGACGUCGCUGUCACUGGCGUAUAAAGUCCCUGUCUCAGUCCUUCAGCAGCACAACAAUCUCUACUCUUCAAAUCUGCUGGCCGGAAGGAAGACGCUGAGUGUGCCCGCCAGCCACUACCAGGGCCCGCCGUUGAGCAAUCCGCCUGAUCCGGCCGAGGAGAGGCGGAAGGUGAGGGUGAGAAGGUUCAUGGUUGGGAGCAAGUGUGCAGACUACAAGGUUGCGGAAGUGUAUCUGCGGCAGGUGGCCGUGGAUUUGGCCGGCGAGCGAGCAGCGGAGGCUGUUGGGACUGAGGAGGUCCAUGCUCAUGCUGCUGAGUCAGUCACCGAGACGCAGCGGGAGGAAGAGGAGGACGAUAGGGUCGUAAAGGAAGCUGUGGAGCGGUAUAAGGCGGACGAGGAGUGGGAGAGACGGAACCCUUUGGAGAAGCAAAAGAAGGGCAAUGCGAAGAAGCGUGGCGCUGGAGGGAGUUUGGUUGGGCAGCUGUUCUGA